AAAAAAAAAAAAACCACUGUUUACAUUUUUUUAUAUUAAGUGUUGAGAGAGAGAAAGAGAAAGGACUGUGUUUGUGAUUUCAUUUGUUUGUCGAAAUCUGGGAAUCAUCUGAUUCUCUCCAUUGAUCGAUUUGCUGCAUCCGUGAAGAAACCAAUCGGCGAGCUCACUCAGUUUCACUCGAAAUCGGAAAACCUCUGAUUUCGCGCGGUCCUGAUCCGGCUGUUUCCUGAUCGUCGGAUCACCCAUUAGUUUCUAUACCCGACGGAGACUGUGCGUGCGUGUGUGUGUGAAUUGGAGAGAGACAGAGAGGGAAUGAACGGUGAUGAUGAUGUCGUCGCAGCUCCGGCAGACCCUUCUCUGCCUCUAGAAUGGAGAUUCUCUCAGGUCUUUGGUGAACGAAGCGCCGGUGAAGAAGUUCACGAAGUUGGAAUUUCUCAAAACCGUGUAGCUGGUGUUUCCUCUGCAGUUGAUGUAAUUUCAGCUAUCGAAUUUGAUCAUUCCGGCGAUCACCUUGCCACCGGAGACCGCGGUGGACGGGUUGUUCUGUUCGAGAGAACCGACGCCAAAAAUGGCAGUGGAGCGAGAAGGGAUCUUGAGGAGACAGAUUAUCCACUGAGUCACCCGGAAUUUCGUUAUAAAACAGAGUUUCAGAGUCAUGACCCUGAGUUUGAUUAUCUCAAGAGCUUGGAGAUAGAGGAGAAGAUAAACAAAAUUAGGUGGUCUCAAAGAGCUAACGGCGCUCUCUUUCUCCUAUCGACGAAUGAUAAAACCAUCAAGUAUUGGAAGAUUCAAGACAGGAAGAUCAAGAAAAUCUGUGAUAUAAAUCCAGAUCCUUCAAGAACUAGAGAAAAUGGAACCAUUGCAAGCCCAUGCCUUUUGAACGGAGGAGCACCUCCACCAGGAGGCAUCUCAUCGCUGCGGUUACCUGUGGUGACUAGCCAUGAGUUGAGCCCUGUUGCUAAAUGUCGAAGAGUGUAUUCUCAUGCUCAUGAUUAUCAUAUCAAUUCAAUCUCAACUAAUAGUGAUGGCGAAACGUUUAUCUCUGCUGAUGAUUUGCGAAUAAAUCUUUGGAAUCUGGAGGUUAGCGAUCAAAGUUUCAACAUUGUUGAUGUCAAGCCUUCGAAAAUGGAAGAUCUGUCUGAGGUUAUCACAGCAGCGGAAUUUCAUCCUACCUAUUGCAAUAUGUUAGCUUAUAGCAGUUCGAAAGGCUCAAUUCGCCUGAUUGAUCUGCGCCAAUCAGCUUUGUGUGAUUCACAUUCCAAAUUGUUUGAGGAACCAGAGACAGCAGGUCCUAAAUCGUUCUUCACAGAGAUAAUCGCUUCAGUCUCAGACAUCAAAUUUGCAAGAGAAGGAAGAUAUCUACUAAGCCGUGAUUACAUGUCGCUUAAGUUAUGGGACAUCAACAUGGACUCAGGUCCAGUAGCAACUUUCCAGGUUCAUGAACAUUUGAAACCAAAGCUCUGUGAUUUGUAUGAAAACGAUUCCAUCUUCGACAAGUUUGAGUGUUGUAUAAGUGGCAAUGCAACGCGAGCAGCUACAGGUUCUUACAGCAAUCUGUUCCGUGUGUUUGGCGUUACCCCGGGAAGUACUGAGAGUGCAACCUUAGAAGCAAGCAGAACCCCAACGAGGAGACAUGUCCCAAUUCCUUCGAGGCCAUCCAGAGUUCUAAGCAGUGUAACGCGUGCUGUAAGUAGAGGAUCAGAGAGUACCGGAGUCGAUGGAUAUAGCAAUUCUCUUGAUUACUCGACAAAGCUGCUGCAUCUUGCUUGGCAUCCAAGCGAGAACGCAAUUGCUUGCGCCGCUGCAAAUAGCUUGUACAUGUACUAUGCUUAACCUUGCUGGAGAGACUGUUUUUUUCUCAGUCAUCAUCAUCAUCAUCAUCAUCGGUCAUCGUCAUCAUCAUCAUCGAUCACAUAAGCUCUGUAAUCAUCAUGUUGGACUUGGAGAAGGCAAGCAGUGAGAAACCAACCAUUUUCUAUUUUGAAGUGUAGAAUUUUACUUUGUGCAUCUGGAAACUAUUUUACAGGCCAAGAAAGAGAGAAAAGAAGAAAAUCCGAUUGGAAGAAAUCGUGAUUUUAGUAAAGCUAAUCUUAUAAGACUUUUGGAUUGGAUGUUAGAUUAGAUUUUUACAAUCUUUUCUAGUCUUCUGUAAUCAUUGUUUUAUUGAUUCUUUUUGUUAAAACUUGUUUCUUCUUUCUUGACUUGUUAAAAUAAUACCAUUCUGUUUACCAAUAUUCUUUUCUUCUUUUAUAAUUUUUUUAAGUAA